CAUUGAGCUCAAAUGCGUCUAAUGUUUUCUUCAGCUACAAACAAAAUGAAUAUUCUCAUGUUGCUGUCACAUCCUCAUCCUCACCAGCUUUUUCUGAAAGGCCUUUUAAGAACAACUUUCCGACAUUACCACUUCAUCUUUCACCCAAGUAUUCAUCUCGGAUCAGGAAUCUCAAGUGCUCAGCCAUUUAAUUCUCUUGGACUCUAUUGUACAAAGUGGAUGCUGCUGUCAAAUGGUUUAAAGAGAAAAUUAUGUGUACAAACAGCCUUAAAGGACCACACAGAAGGACUUUCAGAUAAGGAACAAAGAUUUGUGGAUAAACUUUAUACUGGUUUAAUCCAAGGGCAAAGGGCUUGCUUAGCAGAGGCCAUAACUCUUGUAGAAUCAACUCACAACAGGAAAAAGGAGUUAGCUCAGGUGCUUCUUCAGAAAGUAUUAGUUCACCACAAAGAACAGGAACAAUUAAAUGAAGGAAAACCACUAGCAUUUCGAGUGGGAUUGUCUGGCCCCCCUGGUGCUGGAAAAUCAACAUUUAUAGAAUAUUUUGGAAAAAUGCUUACUGAGAGAGGACACAAAUUAGCUGUGCUAGCUGUGGACCCUUCUUCUUGUACUAGUGGUGGAUCGCUCUUGGGUGAUAAAACCCGAAUGACUGAAUUAUCGAGAGACAUGAAUGCAUACAUCAGGCCGUCUCCUACUAGAGGAACUUUAGGAGGUGUGACAAGGACCACAAAUGAGGCUAUUCUGUUGUGUGAAGGAGGAGGAUAUGACAUCAUUCUUAUUGAAACUGUAGGUGUGGGUCAAUCAGAGUUUGCUGUUGCUGACAUGGUUGACAUGUUUAUUUUACUACUGCCACCAGCAGGAGGAGAUGAAUUGCAGGGUAUCAAAAGGGGUAUAAUUGAGAUGGCAGAUCUGGUAGCUGUAACUAAAUCUGAUGGAGACUUGAUUGUGCCAGCUCGAAGGAUACAAGCAGAGUAUGUGAGUGCACUGAAAUUACUCCGCAAGCGUUCGGAGGUCUGGAAACCAAAGGUAGUUCGUAUUUCUGCCAGAAGUGGAGAAGGGAUCACUGAGAUGUGGGAUAAAAUGAAAGAAUUCCAAGGCCUCAUGCUUACCAGUGGGGAGCUGACUGCCAAACGACGGAGGCAGCAGAAAGUUUGGAUGUGGAAUCUCAUUCAGGAAAGUGUGUUAGAACACUUCAAGACCCAUCCCACAGUCCGGGAACAGAUUCCUCUUCUGGAAACUAAGGUUCUCAGUGGGGCCCUGUCCCCAGGACUAGCAGGAGAUUUAUUGUUGAAAGCUUUUAAAAGUAAAAGCAGAGACUAAUAAAAUUUAUCCUAUGCGAUAAUUUUAUAUGUUGUUUCAUAAAGUAUUUUGAUAUUAAAAAAUCACUCGUGUGGAUA